AUGACCUUGCAGUCGGUAAAGAAAGAAUUGUGUGUGUUUUUGGAAGAACUGCUGGGCUUCGUUCUGACCCAAGGUUCGGUGCUGCUCUUCGGCUUCUGGUUUCGGUGGACACGUCGGGACGGGGUUCCCGCAACCGCGGACCCCACGCUACUGCAGCCUGCCACAGUGUUGGCCAGAAGGAUACGCGCUGGGGAUCUGAAAAGUGUGGACGUGAUUAAGGCAUAUGUGAAAAGGAUCCGUGAAGUGAACCCCACCCUGAACGCCGUUGUCGAUGCGAGGUUCGAAGACGCCCUUGCUGAAGCCGAGGACAUCGACAGGCGGAUAUCUCGGGGCUCCAUCAAUUGGACCGCACAACCGUUGCUGGGCGUGCCUUUCACUGUGAAAAACAACGUCGCAGUCAAAGGGUGCGUGUUCGACGCGGGCUCCCUGUACUGGAAAGGCCAGCGAGCGGACGAAGAUGCCGCCGUAGUGUCGCUGAUGCGGAGGGCGGGCGCCAUUCCGCUAGCCAUCAGCAACGUGCCCGAGCUGUGCCUGUCGUCCGACUGCAGCAACAUGGUGUACGGAACCACGCGCAACCCGUACGACACCAACCGGUCUCCGGGCGGAAGCUCGGGAGGUGAGGGCAGCCUGCUGGCCUCGGCAGCUUCCGUGAUAGGCAUUGGCACCGACAUGGCUGGCAGCAUUCGGAUUCCCGCUUACCGCUGCGGAAUUUUCGGACACAAGGCGACCCACUGCGUUGUGUCCAGCGCUGGAAUGUUUCCGGACCUCGGAGAGAACCAGCGGCGCCUCGGAAGCCCCGGCCCCAUGUGUCGCUACGCCCGGGACCUGGACGUGGCGCUGAGCGUGAUGGCCGGGGAGAACGCCCCCAGACUCCGCUUGGACAGCCCUGUCAACUUGAAGAAAUUAAAGGUCUCCUACAGCGUGGACAACGGGAACAAAUACUUCACAAGCAUCGAUAAGAGCCUCAGCCGAGCAGUUUUAGAUGUGGUGAGGUCCCUGGAAAUGGUCUGCGAGGCCAGGCCCCAAAGAGUGACCUUCCCCGAGACACGGCGCGGCUUCUCCAUGUGGAUGGCGUGCUUGGAGCCAGGCACAGUUUCUUUCGCAGCAAUGUUCAAGAGGUUCACGGAAACGCUGAACCCGUUCAGGGAGCUUCUACUCAAACUGGUGGGCAGGUCUAACCACACCAUGGCCUCCAUAUGGGCGACACUCGGAGGGUCUCUGAGCAAGGACACGUCAUCGGCCACUGCGGCGGCGGACCUGUCCAGGGCACGAGACUUCGCUCGGAAACUGGAGGACCUCUUGGGCGACGACGGCGUGCUCAUAUUUCCAUGCAGCGGUAUGAAGGUGCCGUACCAGAACCAGCUGUUUUCGGUGUACACCAACCACGGCUUCACGUGCAUCUUUAACGUGGCCAUGGUGCCCGUGACGGCGUGCCCGCUGUACCUGGACGACGAGGGGCUGCCCGUCGGAGUGCAGGUGGUGGCCGCUCGCUACCAGGACAGGAUCUGCCUCGCUGUGGCCAGAGAACUUGAGAGCAGGUUCAAAUUUGGCUGGAAGGCUCCAGGAACAACACCGCGCCUUUAAAGCACAGAAGACGCGGCGUUUGCUGCAGACAUGAUGGCCCGCAGAAGUAUCUGCGGGCACGUCUCGAGCAUGUCAAAAGCAGUGUUGGAAAGUACUUUAAAGGCCGACGACUUCGUCGGCCUUUAGCUCGACCUUUGACUU